AUGGGAAGUGGAGGCAGCAGUGUCAAGUCCAAAACAGCUGUUAACAGGUGAGAGCUGAAAGGGACAAAAAGGAAGGAGACGUGGAUUAGUAAGUGCACCUUUAAAGUAGGUCACAGGUAAUCCAGGAAGAUUGAGAUUAGCAUCAGUGUCUUCUGUAUCUGUAAAUUAAAUUAUGCUUAGUGGAGAAUCUUUGUCAGGCUGUCGUAUCUCAUCAGCUUGGUUGUUUAGACUUAAAUGUCACGGUGUUCAGUGAUGUGUUUGGCAGUUGUGUUUGUAUAACUUUUCCAUGAUAGAGCUGUUUAUCACUAAAGUAUUAAUCAUCAUGGAGAACACCGUGACACAGCUGCCAUGUGUUUGCACAUCAAGUAACAUGAUGUCUGAUUUUAGAAAUAACUCAGAUGUUGAGGAAGUUGUCCAACAAAGGAAUCUCUGUUCCACAAGCUUUAUCAUACAUUGUGUUGAGAACUUGAGCAAUCCUGUACUCUUGAAAUCAAAAGACUAGAUAGUGAAGCACUGUUGGUCGAUAUAGGCAUACAUUUAUACUAUGCAUUCUGUAAAAUUGUACCGAGGCUAUAGUAGAACUGAUACAGAUUUUCUGUUCUGCUUAGUGUAAUUAGACUCUCAAAAAAAUAAAUUGAAUUAGAAAAGCAUUUAGAGCUAAAUCCAACAGCCUAUUAAUAGAGAUAAACCACAAACUUUCUCAAUGGAUCUACUCAAUGACAACACAAACUUGAAUGUACCUCAAUGAACAGCAUCCAACUAAAAGCAUUAGGUAUGUUAUUAUUAUUUUUCACCACUAGAUGGCGAUAUUGACCCAGAUUCUGUACAACAGAAAGGUUGUGGUGCCUGAGUCAUCAUUCAAACCUCAAUGUGUCUAGGGCAUUAAAUAGUAUUGUGUCUUACUAUUCCAACAGCCUUAACAAAUCAAACAUAUUGUAAUAAAGAUAAUUUGAUGGCUUCAAGGACAGUUCCCGGACAGUGCAACAAGUGUACUGAUGCCUCCAGUGAUCCACAAACACGGACGAAGAUCUAUAAGUCGACUUGAUAGUGGAUCCAAAACACACGACUGUAGGAAAGCUCUGAUUUGAAAGGAAUUAGUAUUGUACGUGUGAGUACCCACGGCAUCUAUGAGGAAACUACUCAACCACCACGCCAUCCACGGUCACAUGUCAGCCUUCAUGCUAAACUGAUGCAUUCUCGCGCCCUGAUUGGUUCCCUAACUUUACCAAGCGCUUCCUCGACGCUUUGUGUAUCCCUCCGCGCCGUUUUCAGUUUUUGGUGUUUUUUGACAUAUCAAAGCCGUAAGACUGUAAUAAAGUAGGUGUUUUGAGAAGCUUGUGUUGAGUGCAGGUGGUUCAAAGUUGUUUAGGUUAUGCAGUUUUCUUCACUUUAAUUUUUCUGCACGGAUGAAUAUCUGUGAGCAUCCUCAGGAAGUAGUUCCGCAGAGUGAGGGACUAUCGAGAUCACCUUGAGCUGAGCUCACUGUAACGGCAGUUACAUCGGUUCAGAGUCAGACACUUCCUCACACAGACCAGGUGGGUACUUCUUACACGGGUUUGUAAUGGUUUAUAGAUUUGUUGGCGAGUUCACACUUUCACCUGCUCCCGUCUAAACUCUUUUGCUUUGCAUUGUCACUGUGACUUUAUCCUGCGAGUGGGUAAGUAAGGGUUCAGAGUAAGUGACUCGUGGCUUGUUUUCUCUUACACUUUAACGUCUUUUUAUAAUUUUAAUAGUUUAUGAAUACAGCCGAAGCACUAAUGCGUGUCUGAUAUGCAAGGAUAAGCCAUUUUCUGCUCUGUUGUGUAAUGUGUCCAUCAGCGAUGUGAUAUCAAAAUGCAGUUCAUGGAAAGAUUAUCUAGUUCUCAAUGUGCAUUUGCCGUUCAGUGUUUUCAAACUUUUGUCCUAAAUUGAAGAAUAUACAGCUCUUAUGUCUCAAAUUGUGGAAGUAAACGUGAUGUAUUGAGUACAGAUCGUAGAAAAAUCGCUUCCUGUUGCCUCCUGAUGUGGGUGUGGCCGCUUGGCUUCCUCGGCCUCCUAUUGGUCAUUUCCUGUGAUGCUCCUAGAUCAGGAAAAUGUGACGCAGGAUGAGAACGUGACCUCUGGCGCAUCGUCGUUGAGAACAUAGAGAUGAAAUACGAUUAUAUAUAUACAAAUGCAUAAACAUUACCCUGCUACAACUCACAAUUGUAUAUAAAUGUCGAGUGUUAAUGUUGUAUUCUGCUGCAAGUCAGAGCCGAUGUAUAAUUCAUUACGUCGCCGUUUAAUACCUCUAUUCGCCUUGCUGACUGUCUUUAGAGACACUUGACAUCAAUCUAAGCUUCUCUGUCCUCUGUUAUUCAAAAAGAAAUACAUAAAAUGAGGUUAAAAUGCGUCCCUGCCUAAGCAGCUCACUGCAGUAUAGCUUACUGCAGUGUUGCCAUAAAUAAGAUGCCUUGUUGACAGUAGAUACAGAGCAUUUACUCAUGCUGUUUAGGUUGAGUAUUUAAAUACUAGUUAUGGCCUGAAAUUCACUAUCUGACAGUCUGAUUAUUAGGUACUUUAUUGAAAUGCCAUGCAGAGUUUUUCAGCUUGUUCCUAUAACAAGAGAAAAAAAAGAUGAUUUUACCCAGGCAAGUUACAUCUCAUAAUAUGUGACAUUCUUAUUGACAUGGUCCACCUGCAGUAAUAUGGAGUGUGAGGCAUAGCCUGCAUAUGCUUUGUUAUUCUAGGCGGAGUAGCUGUUUUGUGUGUAACAAAAAUCUGGAUUUACUGUCAUUGCUAUGUCCUUCUUGGCUGAAGGCCUGGUGGCAAAAUGGAGUCGUUCUCCCACUGGACUUCUCAGGUUAUAGUGUUAAGUAACAAGGAGAUACAUGAAGUGAUGAGCGAAAAAAGGACAAACUGUUCAGUAUAUUCUUGUAGCUUUGAUACAGGCUUUGACCAGGAGAAGAAAACUUUGGGGAGUUGGUAUGGAUUUUCCCUCUUUUUCUUUUGUCAGUAUCACAAGUAAUCCCUUUAUCUCAGUGAAAUCCCUAAAUAAUGGUCAAUUUUAAUGUCUAAUGGAUCCCAAACUCCUGUAUGAACUGCUGGUGCAAAAACUCAAUAUUUAUUGUGUAUAGUUAGCCACUGAUUUUUUAUGUUUAUGCGCAUUUUGGCAAGUAACCACCCAAUCUCUGACCCUAUGAUGUGGUUAAGGUUUUGAACUGCAUUUCAGCUGCUGGUCAGUGCAGCAGAUAAGGCCUUUAUGCAGCUGGCUCUGAUCCCAUGCUCUCCAACCCCACAAUAUCUGCAUGUCUGCUGACUAAUGCUACAUGGAGCCAUGAGGUGGAACACUACCAAAUAUGGGUAUUCCUUUGCCACUGAAGAUACUGACUGCACACUCAUCUAGUAUGUGUGAUGAUAAUUAAACAUGCUCCCAAAUAGCGUGAUUAUUUUUAACUUAUUAGCAUGAUUAAAUAUGCUAAUAAUUCUGCAUCAAUCAUCAUCUGAAGCCUAUGCAGCUACAGUUUAUUUUGGAGUUUACAGGCCUGCAUAGUAUGAGUGCCACCGUACAUUUCUAACGGUAUUAUAUUUCUACAAACAGACUCAGCAUGCUGUGAGUUAUAUUUAGCAAGGACUCCAUUUUUAACCCUCGGUGGUUGUAUAACCCAGGCUGUUGGUAGUAUCAUUCAUGUUGCAGCAUUGUGCUGUGUUGCAGUGGAAGUCUGAUGUAUGCCUAUUGCAUCGGGUCAUGGCGUUUGAUUGGUCACAGCAGACGCUCUCUAUGUCCUUUAUCCUCAUUGAAGGGAUUUACUCAUGAGCUCCUGGAGGUGUCCUACGUAUGCACGCAUGCUGCAGCUGUCAGUUCUGCCUGGGCUGCAGUUGCAGGGAGAAUUUUGCUUAUUGGUAGAAGAAGCUACAGCACUCUGGGGUUGUAUUGGAGGACUCUGGCAAUAAGGAGCUUGUUUGUCCCUAUGAAGAAGAGGAGGAUCUGCUUGGGGUAUGUAGUGUAAUCUGUGAAUGUUGCCUCGGUGAAGUGGGUGUGACUGAUAGCAACUGGCUACUCGGUGUCUCGGUGAGCAAUCUGGGAUUAGCCUAGUGUGGCGUCACAUUCAUAGUAGAUGGUGGUGAAUGUCAUGUCACCCUGAUAGCAGUGCUGCUAUGACUGCUUAUGAUUGGACAGGCGUGUUCACAGAUAAGUGAUAACCCUGCUUCUAAGAGAGGCAGGAGGAAUGGAUAGUGAUAGUAUGUCACAAGGAGAUAGUGUAUUACUAAGGUGCAAGUAGUGAGAAAGGAUUUGAGGGGAUUAUUAGCAGCCGACUCUAAAGUUAACCCUGCAUUUGUGUCAGGGUCACUGUGGCUGUUGUUCUUGUGGUGGCUAGCCUGAGGUCAGACACGGUAGCCACGUCUGCCAGCCAGCCAUUACAGUCGGUGAUGUAAUUUGGUUUUACCAGGAGUUGGCAAACUGAGCAGACAGAUCAUGACUUUGCUGCUCUUGGAAAGGGAUAGUCGGAGCUGCUAAUUUUCAGAAGUUCUGUGAGGAGGACAUGUUGCCUAAGCCAGUUAUAGUCCCAAAAUAAGACGUUACCCGAGAAGUUUUGGAGUAUUUCAGGUUGAGCUUCCUGAUAAUGAUAUUCUCUUAUUAAGAUUUGAUGCCACCAUGUCAGUUACACAGAGACACUCAGCAAAUUUGAUGUGUGUAUGUUUAAAAACUUUGAUCUGUGCAAACACAGGCUCAACAUAGCAGAAUACAUACACCGUCAAGUGGAAAAGGGUGGAGACACUGAGUAUCAAACAUGAUGCUCAAGCAAUCAAGAUGCAGUAAAUAUAUACAUUUGACUAUUCUGUAGCAUUGGGUUAUAAAGCUAUCCUAUUUAUCAUCAGGUAGAAGCUUUGGAUUAAUGUCAAGCAUAGUUCAUUUAAAAUAGAAAAGAUUUGUUGUGAGCAAACCACAGAAGAAGAAAUAGGAUAAGUGCAAUUAUCAGAAAACCCAGCACAUGACUGUAACAUCACAGUCUCUUUUCUCCCCUCUGCAGUCUUUCCCCAUGGUUCAGCCCACUCUAAUCCCACCUCUGUGCGGUUGUGUGUGUGCUGCAGUGCUGGGAUGUGACUGUGCUCACGUACAGCACUGGUCUGGCUCUGGUGUGCCCCAUUGACUCGGAUGUUACAUCAUCAGUCAGUGGCACUGUCGAAUGAGUGUGUUGGUUUAGAGGCUCAGCCUGGAAUCCCCCACCAUGAUGCAUUCAUAGCGAGGAUGUGAUGACCACUAGUGAUACUGGUGAAUGCAACAGUUCCACCACAUUUUCAGUCAUCAAAAAUUUGCCACUCCUUGUGCACACAAUCACAGUCUUUGCAGUCCGUUGUGCUGCCAGCUACUUUAUAAAAUACAAGUCCAUCCUCUGAAUCAUGAAUGGCAGUCUUGGGUUCUCCCUUUAAAUGAUAUAUAUUUAUUUUUUGUCUUGCUUCAACUAUGAAGCAACUAGUGAGAGUGUCCUUUGUUAAAGCACACUAUGAAUAAUUUACACAAAAGGAACUUGAACCCUUCUCUGGCUGCCUUUCACUUUGGCUGAAAUUUGCAGAAUCUUAUUAUAUUCAGGUGUAUAGUGCAGUUAACAUGUGAUUUUUUAUGAUCUCCGGAUCUAUCCUAGGUAACUUCUUUUAUUUUAUUGGUGUGUUGUUUUGCUCUAACAUUUUAUUUUAUUUUUUUGUCACAAUAUUGUUUUGUUGUUCCCUUUUCUAAAACCUCUUCCUUAUUUUGCAGUCGUAGUAGCACAGAAGUAGAACAGUAAACAAUAUUAAGCUUUUUAGAGAUAGACUCACAAUUUGCACAAUUUCCUUUUAUUAUGUGCACAUGCACAAUUGGUGUUUUGCAAUAUGAAAUAAAACAAAGUUUGGAAGCUGAGUUUUUAUUUGAAAGUCUUCUGACAAGCGACAGAAACACCUUCACCUUUAUAAUAAACAAGAUACUUCUCAGUGUUAAGAUAAGAUACUCCUUUAUGAGUCCCACAAGGAGAUAUUCCCAAGUUCCCAAUUCUGCAUUGACCUGCUUAUUUAGGUGUAAAAAUGCAACUAAUUUCUGACCCGGUCAUUGACUUAGACCCUGUGUUAAUUGCACUGACUUCUACUACUGACUGUGUGACCAGAUUUUCUUUUCAAGUGAGCAUUUUAGCCUCAGUCAGCUGUGCUAUAGUUAUGUAACCACAGCAGCUACACAUUCCUCAUCAGCAGAGAGCAGCACCACUAAACCCUGCUAAAAUACACUCAGCCUGUCGACCCUGAUGUGUUCAAACAUGUCUGUGUGUGUUUGAGUUAUUAAAGUGUUUUUCAUAGAAAUGGGUUGGAUAGGUUAAAGGAGGUAAGAGAAGGUGUCUCAGGCAGGGCACACCCCCCUGCACACUGUGCGCACAUGACAGUAUUGAGCCAUUAAGAAUUGCACAGGGUUUUCUGUAAUAUCCCCUCAGUGCUGCCCUACACUUUAUAUGUUUGUCAUUUUCUGAAUAGAAAGUCGUGAUCAAAUCUUGGUAAUUCCAGCCUCUGUGAUGAACUACACGAUGGUGCCGUUGCCAUGGGUGACUCAGGGAGGAGUGGGUGGGGGGUACAGAAUGUACUAUGUGGUGUAGAAUCUCAGUAUGCCAUACUGCUCUGCUCUAAGUGUGGAGUGUGGAGGAAUUGCAGCUCACUGAUCAACCUUGAUAUGUUCCUAAGCGUUGAAAUAAAUAUUAAUAAAAGUAAACACAUUGAAGGAACCUGACAUAGUGGUAGUGUAAGCUGACAUGUAUGUACAUUUAUCCAGUUUAUGAGCUUUCAGUUUUGUAUCUUGAGGGCUAAACAGCUUAUUGAAAGACGAAAUAGCUCAUAGUGACUCGAGGUAAGAACUGUUAAUCAUAAGCCUUAAUCGUUUUUGCCCUUUGUCAAAGCAGCUGAAAUGAGUCAAAAAUACAUGUGCUAUCUAUCGAUAGGUUUAAUUUAUAAGAUGUUCGUUUGGUUUUGGUCAACUGUUAAAAAUGUCUGCCACCACUCUACUAACUCUGUCUUUUAUUGUCUUUUCCUGCAGGACUUCUCCAGUUGCACCAGUGAACACCAUGCCUCAUCCAAAGAUGCCUGACAUGGGCUCUGCCUUCAUCCAAACACAGCAGCUCAACGCUGCCAUGGCUGAUACAUUCCUGGAACACAUGUGCCUCCUGGACAUCGACUCGGAGCCCACCACUGCACGAAACACUGGCAUCAUCUGCACCAUUGGUGGGUGAACACUAAGUGUCUGUCUUUUAUUUGCUGAGCUGGUAUGGUUCAUGUUAGAUACCUGCACAGUUGUGGGUGAAUAAUCGUAAUUUUAUACUUGAUGUCAAUUCUGAGCUCAAAUUUGUUUGUUGCCUCAAAUUUUCAUCACUUCCUUGCCUUGCCUCAUUAACACAAUUACUUCACAGACUCGAAUACUUUAAAUUACUGAUAAAUUACUGAUAAUCAAAAUGAGAGAUUCUCUACUAAAAUUGAUGUUUCUUUUAAAUGUCGGUCAAUCUGAGCUGACAUUUAACCAAACCGACUAAAAUAGGAAAACAAUCAUUAUGAAUGUUCUUCUUUGAUUCAUUUUACCAUAAAAUUCUGGCUAAUUUUAAAAGUGAUGUCUCGAUUCCCUUCCUGCCUGCAGGGCCGGCCUCCCGCGCCGUGGAUACACUGAAGGAGAUGAUCAAGUCUGGAAUGAACAUCGCUCGCUUGAACUUCUCCCACGGCACACAUGAGGUGGGUCUUUGGCAACAAUGCAGUUUACUGUGUAAACGAGUUGUAGAAAUACAGCUAACUGGUCACAUUAUAACAAGUCACGUCUAAACUUUGCAGCAAUCAUGGUCCUGUGCUUUAUCACAGGAUGCUCAGGGUGGGUAAUAUUGACCUUUCUUACUGUGUUUACUCUGUCUUGCUUAAGCUUUUCUUGCAGUGUGGUGAACUCCCUGCACAAAAUAACAAUGUUGGUUAACAUAUAGUGAACAGGUAUGAAAUGCAUUAUGAACUCCAAUCAGUUGAUACAUUUACGCAAGAUAAGGCUAGUUUCCGUGAAUGGACAAAAUGGUAAGGCUAAUUUACUCAAGAUUACAGUUUGGGUUCACUUAUCAAGUUCUUGUCAUAAGAUGUGCAACCUGAAUAAGUAUUUAUAUUUUUGGGCAUCAAUGAGGACAGAUAAGACCUUGUGAUCAAAAGAAUCUGUGCUCAAUUUUGUGUUCGUUAAAAGAAGAGGAAUGUAGUAUAUUUUAGAACAAAAGUCCAUAUUUUUACCUAUAAAGGCAAAGAAACUUACUUCGAAUAAUCUUGUCACCUCAAAAUCGGGUCCACAUACUGAUCCAAACAUUUCUAAGGUUGAGAGUCCAGUGGAGAGAGAAAGAGACUGGCUGGCCGCCACUUUCUUGUAAUCAUUCAGCCGGUGCAGCUGAGGCUGUGUUUCUUUUUCUAACCUGACUCUGUCCUUCAGACUCACACAGGGACAAAUUAAAGAUGCUCAUCCUAUUUCGCAACCGAUUAUCUGCUCCAAAUAGAUAAUUAUCCACACAAGAGAAGUGCAGCUCUUUGAUUUGAUCAAAAGUUUUCAGUAGUGAUUGCUUGGUGUGCUGAUGAUUUUCUGCAGGAUGCUCUCAAAAUGUUUCUUUUUAUCCACAGUAAAAGAUUUGGAGUAGAACUGAAAAGUUGUCUAUUCCCCAGCAUAUUGGAAAAUUUGUCCAGGUUGAUAAAAAGAAUUAAAAUAGCAGGGAUAUACUCAGAAUACCCUGUGUAGUCUAGUAACACUUGACAGCAUCUAUGGUAUGAGUGGUUUCUUAGGAUGAGUCAGCAAGAGUAGAGGGGGAAAAAAAAUCAGAGCUCUGUUUGUCAGGUACCAUAAAACAGUCAUACCUACCAUCCAGCCCUUCCUGUCUACACCCAGACUCUUAAAUGAGUGUUCAGAAAGCAACAGUAAGGUCGAGUAACCAUGGUGAGAUGUGGAAAGUUGAAGUCACAGUGAAAGAAACGUUUGACUAACCAAACUGAAAACAGACCUCAUUUAGCAUAAAGUGGAAUUUCCCCUCAAAUCUAGGAGUUUUACCUGGUUAUGAAACUGAUAGAAACUGAAACCACUUUAUGGCUACCCAGAUCAAAGAUUGGCAAUGUCUUUAUUGUAAUUUUUAUGUGCCUGUAAUUGCUGCAAGGGAGUAGGUGUUACACACAGGGACUGAAAGCAUGCAGAUGAAAAGAAAGCAGGAUGUGACAGGGUGAAAUGUGGGGAGACAGAGAGAGAGGGGGGAGGACAUGCAGCACAUGGCUGGAUGAGACUUUUUUGUGAGAAAAUACAACCUAACAAGGAACAGCAAAGCUAUAACAUGUACACGUGUGCACACAAGGGGUGUGAUAUUCAACUCUAACUGGGGGUUUCUCACAGUAUCUGUGUCAAUUAAUCAAUUGUAAAUUGAUGGACCCUGACCCACAUGUACUCUAUGUAAACUGUCCUACCUUCCACACAUUGUCGGUCAUUUAGCAUCAUACAGUUUUUGUGACAAACAGUGAGUCCAAGUCAGUGAUUUUUUCCUUAGUCACAGUUGAGUAAGAGUAACACAGCUUAUUGUGUUCACUGUGGGAAAGUCAGCCAAUUUGAUUACCUGUUACCCAAGUCAUCAUUAAGCUUUGGUCAGAUAGGGCAGCAAGAAGCCAUUAUUACAGCCUCAAAUAUUGUGCUUCAUGUUCAACGGUGAGUGCUGAAGAGAAAAUAAGUCUGCUAGAGUUAAAUGACAAAACUAAAGUAGAAAGAUCAUCAAGUUUAUAAUUUAUAAAAGAAGUUCAAAGCUAGAUUUUAAUGUUUUCAUAUUCAAUCUUUCAGAUACUCGAAGGUCUCCAUAUUUCAACCUUUGUGUAUCUCUGCAGUUCUGUAUCCAUAUACUAUAAGUAAUCAUGUAUGUGUAUUUCUACUUCGAAGUUUGGUUAUUUGGUCUUUUCAGCUAUGUUUAAGAAGAUAUAAUCCUUACCAUGGUCACCCUCAUGCCAUUGGAUGUCAUUGCAUUGCUUCUCUGUUCAUGACAUGGCCUUGCUGAUAUGAACCAGAUACUGCCGUGAUUAAACCAUCAGAUAACAUUUCCAGCCUCAGACUCUUGGUGACUCUAUUAUUGAACUUUAGAGGAAAACAUUCCCAACUGUUAAAAGCUGAUAGUGGCUGGCCCUGCAGUCAUCGUCAGAGAGAACUAUUGUCUUGAAUGAAAGUCAUCUGUUUAUGUCCUUCUUUGCUUUGAAACUUUAGCCAGACUCUGAUUACAGUGGGAACGAUCCAAGGCCACAUCAUUUUUGUUACCACUGGGUAUUUGAAAUCUGCUUACAUUUUCAGUUGCAGUGGCAGUUUUUCAUCAUUGUCUUCUGUUGUAGCCUUUGUUACAAAACUUCAGGAAAUUCCUCCUGAGAAACACUCUACUUCCUCAUUCUGACCCACUCUUUACACACAGAACUGUUAGAGUUAGAGUUUAAGGUUGCACAAUAAGGUGUUCUCAAGGGCAAACACAGGGUUUGGCUUAUGGUCAGUGUCAACUUGUUAUUUAUGUCAAGGAAGAACCAAGUGACCCGUGAUGCACACAAUAUGACUCAAGUUUAUGACCGUGUGAGUUGUUUUAUACAACUUGUCUUUUAACUGUCUUCAUCUGAUAAAACCAGCAUCCCACUGUUCUCAUCCUUUCAUUUUCAUUUGAAUGAAAGUAAGUAAAGAGAGGCAAGAGAUCAAUGAUAAUAAAGCCACAUUUCUGCUCCUUCUUACAGUACCAUGAACAAACUAUCAAGAAUGUGCGUGAGGCAUGUGAGAGCUUCGAGCCUGGCAGUAUCCAGUACAGGCCUAUUGGCAUCGCUCUGGACACCAAGGGCCCAGAGAUCAGAACCGGUCUCAUCCAAGGGGUGAGUUUGGCAAUGCCUGUUCUAGGUCUACUAAUCAGAAGUCAUCAUAAUGCCUUUUUGAGCACGUAAAACUAUAUUUGUGUUACAGAGUGGCACAGCUGAGGUGGAACUGGUGAAGGGCAACAUGAUCAAGAUUACCUUGGACGAUGCUUACCAGGACAACUGUAGCGAUGAAAUCCUCUGGCUUGACUACAAGAACAUUACCAGGGUUGUAGAAAUUGGCAGCAAGAUCUACAUCGAUGACGGACUCAUUUCCCUGCAGGUCAAAGAGAUUGGUGAGUAGAGGAUUGGCAAACAGAAAUAAACUCCUUACUCUUUGUGAAAAAAGAGUGCAUUGUCUUAAUACCAAGGAAGAUGCUUCAGCGGUUGAUGUUUGACUUUCUGUUCAGGUUCUAAUUACCUGAGCUGUGAAAUCGAGAAUGGCGGCACCCUGGGCAGCAAGAAGGGAGUGAACCUCCCUGGUGCUGCUGUCGAUCUUCCCGCUGUCUCUGAGAAGGACAUCAAGGAUCUGCAGUUCGGUGUGGCGCAAGGAGUCGACAUGGUCUUCGCUUCUUUCAUCCGCAAAGCAGCAGAUGUUCACGCUGUCAGAGCAGUGCUGGGGGAGAAAGGCAAAGACAUCAAGAUCAUCAGCAAGCUUGAGAACCAUGAGGGUGUACGCAGGUGUGUUUGUGUUGGGAGGGUCCAGUUAUUCUUAGCGUUUGUUUACAUCAUGAUAUGUUUUCCCCGAGGCUCAUAUCCAUUUAUUUUCUAUUAUUUGGCUAGCUGAGCUACAAGGCUCUGAACAGAAGAAAUUACCUCAUCUCAUUACAUUGAAUUAACUAUUGAAAUUUUUUGUCUCUCAUGUAGAUUUGAUGAGAUCAUGGAGGCCAGCGAUGGCAUCAUGGUUGCCCGUGGUGACUUGGGAAUCGAGAUCCCCACAGAGAAGGUGUUCCUCGCUCAGAAAAUGAUGAUCGGUCGCUGCAACCGAGCUGGCAAGCCAAUCACAUGUGCUACUCAGGUAAGAUCAAAGCAAGAGCUGGUUAUGCAAUGAGGAGGUGGGCACUCAGCUUCAUUCACAUUUAGUUUAACUCUGAAAAGCUUUUAUUUUGAAAUGAGUGCCUUUUUUCAUGGACACCUUUCAGAUGCUGGAGAGUAUGAUCAAGAAGCCCAGACCUACCCGUGCUGAGGGCAGUGACGUAGCAAACGCUGUUUUGGAUGGAGCUGACUGCAUCAUGCUGAGCGGAGAGACUGCGAAGGGAGACUACCCCUUGGAGGCAGUGCGCACACAGCACAUGGUGAGUUCACAUGAAGUUAGUGUGGAAAAGCAUCAGAUUUUCUUAAAAAGAGGAGAAAAGAUUCAGGUUUUGUUGGACUGUCUAGCAUGUCAUUGCUUUUAACCGCUGCAUGUUUUUUCAUAGGGUGAGAGAUCACUCUUUCUGUUUUCUUAAUCUUGUGCUCAGCUCAGCACAUGACUCAGCAGCUUUUUUAUCCACUUUGCGUUACAGCUGCUAAAGAACAUACAAGCAGGACUGUUAGACCAACUGGAAAAAUCUGAAAAAAAACAAACACAUAUUUUGGUUUAGCAUAUUCACUGACAUUUUGGCAUGCUCAUGACCGAUGCAACAAUUAAUCACCAUAAAAAAGAUAAGAGUUUAGACUACAUCUCUGCAACAUAAGCAAUCACUUAACUGACGCUUCACAUGGCUAAAACCUGCAGAGUUUCCACACAGCUGUGAGGAUUGUGAAAUUGGUUCAAUAUUUUUUUGCUUAGUUGUUGGAACAUACUUAACAUACUGCUAUAGAGGAAUGAGCAGGAUCAAUAGUUUUAAGAGAUGAUAAAACUUAAAAAUUAAGCGUUUUCUUAUUCACUUAGAUUCAGUUUGAUUAUUUAUAAGGCUUUAGAUAAUGUUUAGACAAUGUGUGCAUUUUCUUUGUACUAUACUGUCAUUUGUGUUGUUUAUCUGUUUGUCAGUCAGGGACAGCUACACUAAAUCUACACAUCUUAAAGUCUGUACUGUUGACAAUUUGGCUCCAACACAUUUUAUCCAAAAGCAAUAAGUAUCAUUUGAGUUAAAAGAUUAAACAGUCAAAGCUGUUUUGCUUGUCUUCUGCUGCUCUGGCCUGUCCUUGCUAACCUGCACUGCUCUCAGUGCCGCUCUGGUUGUACUGCUUUGCAGACACAUCGGUGACUCAGCAGCUCCUCCCUCUGGCUUAAUGACAGCAGGCUCAAAGUUACAUUGGGAGUUCACAAUCUGAAAUUUACAACUUCCUGUUGAGCUUAAGCCAUGUGCAUGGAAAAGCAUGUAGUCUAAAUUGGAUAGAUUAAUUCUGCUUCAAGCCUCUCCAUUAUCAUUGACGCUCCAUCUUUUAUCUUUUCAUGUUCUUCUUUUCUCACUGUUUCCUGUAUUAUGUGUUUGUAGAUGUGCAGUGUGUGGCUUUUUAACUCCAGUCUCUCUUAAAAAAAAAAGAAAAGGUCAACCUCUUAAUGUUUUCAUUUUAUAAAAGCUCAGCUCUUUUAUUAUAUGAGAUGUUGUUCUAGGUUUCACAGACAUCAUAACUCUAGACAGGCAUGGUUUGUGUUUUACUACUUAAUAUGUAAUGUCAUAUGAAUAGUGUUAGCGAAACUUGACUCUAGGAUGUUGUUGAUUUCUUUGCACUAACUGCACACCCAAACUCUCCUUUCCUCUGUCCUCUCUGUUUUUCCCGCUGUCCUUUCUCCUUUCCUUUUGCUUAAAUUCAUCCUGUCUUCUCCUUCAUCAUGGUCUCCUUCUUUCUUCAUAUACCUGGCCUUUCUACUGUGUUUCACCCACUUCUCUCUUGUUCCAUCUGCGUGUGCCUGGUGUGGGAAUGCUUUUGCCUGAUGCAUCUUGCCCUCACUUGUGCCAGAUUGCUCGUGAAGCCGAGGCAGCCAUGUUCCACCGGCAGGUGUUUGAGGACCUGCGUCGCUCCACGCCGCACUGCAAAGACCCCGCUGAGGCUAUUGCAAUCGGCGCUGUUGAGGCCUCCUUUAAGAGCUUAGCCUCAGGGAUCAUUGUGCUCACUGGCUCUGGAAGGUAGGGAGGUUAUCUUGUCCCCGCAGGUCGAGAAGACAAUGACAUUGGAGGUUCAGGAGAGGGAGAGUAGGGCCACUUAGGGACUGUGUGUGGAAAUAACUGGGAGUACCUUGCAAAUGUGUGAAGUAGACUGCUGGUUCAAUUUCUCCAAACCAUUUGAGUAAAAACCCUAAAAUGUAUGCUUCACUCAAAAGUCUGGCUGAUUUACUUCAGCUUCCCUUGAUUUCUUUUAGUUCCCAAUAUCAGAGCAAAACUCAACCAGUCUUUACCAGGAGUCUAGUUAAGCAUUUGCAGAUCAUUCCCAGUGGUGUGUAUGACUUUGUGUGAGUAGUGGUAACCCCCCCACUCCCCUCCAUCCCCCUUCACCCUUCCCUCGUGGUCCCACUGUGCUCAGAUAGCACGGGAGGCCGAGGCAGCCACUUUCCACAGAAAGCUGUUUGAGGAGCUGAGGAGACACUCCCACCUGACUAGAGACCCCUCAGAGGCUGUAGCUGUCGGAGCUGUCGAGUCAUCAUUCAAAUGUUGCGCUAGUGCCAUCAUUGUUCUCACCAAGACGGGGAGGUAAGAAAGAGAGGUAUUAAAAUGGAGCUGGUCUUGAAGGUAAGGUGUCACCACGCUAAUGAAGACCUGACUGACAGAACCUCCUAAUUCUGCUCUUACAGAACCCCUGCCUUUUGAUUUUGUGUGUAUGUGUGAGUGUGUGCCUGACUGCUAUUACAUAUUAUGGGUAGAGUUAGCUAGCAACAUAUGGUAAGAGUUAGAGCGGCAUCAGUCUGCAUCAUGGCCCAAUGUCCUUCAUUACUUCUUAAACCAUUGUAUUUUCAUAUGAUGAUCAUUUGAUGACCAGUGGCCUGUCAUAAUAUUGACAGGAUAUCUGAUGUUUAAACAACUAGUAAACCUGAACCUGAAACACAACAGUCCAAUCAUGCAACAGCUGUUGAGUUUUCCGGUCUGAGAUUGAUGUCAGAGGAAAAUGGCUGCCCUGUGAAUGUGGAAAAUCUGCCCAGUCCCAAGUCCAUCCCUCACAGACCAGAUUUAUCAGCUGUCAUAAAAAUAGAUUGCUUCUGCAUUUCUCCUCAUUGUAUAAAAAAAAUAUGACAUCAGAUUACACUUCAGGACAACACAAAUUAAACCUGAAGCCCUGCCUUAAGCAGUAUAGUGAUAGUCUGUGCAGGUAAACUUGUCACUGUCACUGAUUUAGGUACUUUUUGGCCUUCCCUUUAAUCCCUGUCUUUGUAUCAUUAUACAUUUAUUGGUUUAAAAUGUUAGUGCGCCUGCUGCUGUCUGUCACAGGAGAGCGAUUUCACUGUGAAACAGCUCUAAGCCAACGCUGCUCUCACAGGAAUGUCAGUGAACAUCCCAGUGUUUCGAGAUUGGAUGUUUAGAUUUGGCCACUGAAGCCUCUGCCCAACCCUGAUUCAGAGUUUUCAGCUACUUCUGCUGAUUCAACCUCUCCGGGUUGUCGGGGCAUUCCCGGAUUUUGCCCCGCUUCCCCUUUUUUCUGUUUAAAUCAUUCCUGUUAGGGUGUAGUAUUAUCUAAUUAUGGUUGUAGCUAACCCCCAGCUUAUACAAGCUGAACUGUGCCUGAGAAGAAGCCAGAAUAUCUGAAAACACCCCCAUGAAGGACAGUGGUCUAAUUGUGAUGAAUGACAUUUUUGAGAAUUGAUUCGCAUGAUCUUGAUUUACCUGCACUAAUACUUCUUUGUGGUGUAUACAGUGGAAGAUAAUAUUCGUUGUAAGGCUUGAAACAAACUUCAAAUUGCCUUUAAGCUGCAUCUGAUUAAUCUCUAAUUAAUUUAGCACACACCUGAAGAAACAGAUAUGUGCAUCUUAGCAUUACCUUUAUGUUUUUUCCAGCUGUUGUCCUUUAUCACUUAUCACAGAUGAUCAAAUGAAGGGGCUGUUUUUCACAUUGCUGUGUUUUUGUGUGUGUGUCUGUGUAGAUCUGCUCACCUGCUCUCCAGGUACAGGCCCCGUGCCCCCAUCAUCGCCGUCACCCGUAAUGCCCAGACAGCUCGUCAGGCCCACCUGUAUCGUGGCAUCUUCCCAGUCCUUUACACCAAGCCUGCCCAUGAUGUGUGGGCAGAGGACGUGGACAUGCGUGUCAACUUUGCCAUGGAUAUGGGUAAGUAAACAGAUGUUUUAAAGAUGUAAAACAGUACAGAAAUGAAGGACAUCAAUUUUUUAAAACUAAUCAGUGAAAAGAAAAGUAAAGCAGUGUCUCCGGGCAAUAUCUUGUACUGCAGUAGUUUAUCAUGUUUGUUGUUUUGUCUUCUUAAAUUCAGGCAAGGCCAGAGGCUUCUUCAAAGAGGGGGAUGUUGUCAUUGUCCUGACCGGCUGGCGUCCAGGCUCCGGUUACACCAACACCAUGCGUGUGGUUCUGGUAGCUUGA